UGUCGAUGUACCCGGCAGCCCUAUUAUUGAUGCCUACCACGGCUCCAUCCGCGAAGAGGACACGGUCUCUUCGAAUUUGUCCCAUUCUUAACCGCUGCUUCUCAAGGCAAAUUCCUUUGAGAGCAUGAGUUUCCUUUCCUGAUCUUACUGAUUGGAGAGCGCAGCCGUUCAUGUCCCCACCGCAAUCAGCGCACCUCGUCUUUCGCGCUCACCACACCCACAACGCGCGAUUUGCCUGAGGAAACCCCUUUCCUGAAUAUGGCGAGUACCGAGGCCGAAAAUGCGCCCCCAGAUGCCCUCCAAGAUACCGCCGCACGCCUGGAGCCCCGUCCUAUUUCCGUCGCAGUCAAUCCGGUAGCGCUCGUGGUCACAGAAUGUAUAACGGUCACGUCUGCGAUGCGGAAGCAUGCCCGCUGGGCGCAUUCCUCGGUGGCAGCUAUCCUCGGAGGCUCCUCGAAUAAGACGCCCGCAAUACAGAAGCGGGACAGGGCUGGGCAAGGCAUUGUAGGCGGGGGAGGAGAGCAAGAGGAAGCUGUGCCUAGUAGAUGGGGAUUGCGGGGGAAGAAGGGCAAGAGCAUGCAGGAUAAUCCCCUAAUGUCAGCGUUUGCGCGCCUGAGGAGCGAGCUCAAGGGAUGCAAAGAUAUUAGGACCUUUGAUACCCCGUCGAUGCUCCACCCGUUCCUCCAAGUUAUUCGCUCCUCGUCGACCUCCGCGCCGAUUACUUCGCUCGCCCUGAUCGCCAUCACGAAGUUCCUAGCGUACAAUAUCAUUGGAAGCGACUCACCGCGCCUCCCAGAAGCUAUGCAGCAGCUCUCCUCAGCCAUCACACAUUGCCGCUUCGAAGCGAGCGACUCCCCCGCUGACGAGAUCGUGCUCCUUCGGAUAUUGAAGCUCAUGGAGGGUAUGGUCUCUGGACCAGGGGGCGAAGUGCUGGGCGACGAGAGCAUAUGCGAGAUGAUGGAGACGGGCUUGAGCAUGUGCUGUCAGGCCAGGCUGUCCGAGCUAUUGCGUCGAUCAGCGGAGAUUGCGAUGGUGUCUAUGUGCCAGGUCAUAUUCAAACGUCUAAAGACCCUGGAGAUUGAGGCGCCGGACGAGCUUGAUGCUUUAGAUGAAGAGCUGGACAACGAGGCUUCGCAGGAUGGCUUAAAGAUGGAGCCCUCGAUGAAUGGGGACAGUGUCGCCGCGCCAACCAAAGUCGAGGAGCCACAGCAGCCCGGCUCUUCUGAGCAGGGCCAGGAGGAUACCGACAGCAAUGUGCCGAACCCAGCGGGCAGCACUAUAGACCUCCCAGGAACGACAGAACCCGAACUACAGCCCGUUGAGAUCAAACCGUAUUCUCUCCCGUCCAUACGGGAGCUGUUUCGGGUAUUGGUUGAUCUACUAGAUCCUCAUGACCGGCAGCACACCGACACUAUGCGUGUCAUGGCACUACGGAUUGUGGAUGUUGCACUUGAAGUCGCCGGACCAUCAAUAGCAAGCCAUCCAAGCUUAGCGAACCUCGCUAAGGAUACUCUUUGCCGACAUCUCUUCCAGCUUGUACGCUCCGAGAACAUGGCGAUUCUGAACGAGUCUCUCCGCGUUGCCGGCACACUGCUCGCGACUUGCCGAAGUGUCCUGAAAUUGCAGCAAGAGCUGUACUUGUCUUAUCUGGUGGCUUGCCUUUUCCCACGUGUGGAAAUUCCACUGGAGCCUGGGAUCGAGCCAUCAUUAUACGAAGGUGUUCCACAAGCCCCUGGCCUGGUCAAGCCGGCACCUCAACAGAAUAGCACAUCCGGCCGCUCAACGCCCGUACCCGUGAAAGACCGGCAGAAGCUUGGCCUUGAAGGCGGUGCUAGGAAGCCCGACGCUCGAGAGGCCAUGGUCGAGAAUCUGGGUGGAUUGGUUCGGAUACCUUCCUUCAUGGCAGAGCUAUUCGUCAACUAUGACUGCGAGAUUGAUCGUGGUGAUGUCUGCAUGGACAUUGUUGGCCUGCUUUCGCGAAACGCGUUCCCAGACUCGGCAACCUGGAGCACAGUCAACGUACCUCCGCUUUGCUUGGAUGCGCUUCUUGGGUUUGUUCAGUCUAUCGCUGAUCGGCUAGAGGACGAGCCAGUGACGAACGGCUAUCCCAACCCAGAGGCGCUUCGCGUACAAUGUGCGCGGAAGAAGAUCAUCAUUCGAGGCGCGACAAAGUUCAAUGAGAGCCCCAAAGCAGGCAUAGCAUUCCUCACUUCGCAGGGUAUCAUAAGAGAUCCUGAUGACCCAAAAUGCAUCGCCGAAUUUGUCAAAGGCACGACUCGUGUGGACAAGAAAGUUCUCGGAGAGUUCAUCUCGAAGAGGUCGAACGAGGAGCUCUUGAAAGCAUUCAUCGGACUGUUUGACUUCAGAGGUCUGCGCGUUGAUGAGGCGCUCCGGCAGCUUCUAAACUCCUUCCGACUGCCGGGCGAAUCCGCGCUCAUUGAGCGAAUCAUCAAUGUGUUCUCUGAGCAGUAUUACCAGCAGGCACAACCUGAAGAGGUGGCUAAUAAAGACGCGAUCUUCGUCCUCACCUAUGCCGUCAUUAUGCUCAACACGGAUCAACACAAUCCGAACCUAAAAGGAGCGAAACGCAUGAAGGUGGAAGAUUUCUCGAAGAACCUGAGGGGGGUCAACGACGGAAAAGACUUUGAUCCAGAGUACUUGCAAGCCAUAUAUGAGGCUAUCAAGACUCGGGAGAUCAUUCUCCCAGAGGAGCAUGACAACCGCCAUGCGUAUGAUCACGCAUGGAAAGAGCUGCUGAUCAAGAUCCAAUCCACGUCGGAUCUUAUCAUCUGCGAUACGAACAUCUUCGAUGCGGAUAUGUUCGCUGCGACAUGGAAGCCGAUUGUAGCGACUUUGUCGUAUGUGUUCAUGUCGGCGACGGAUGAUGCAGUCUUCUCGCGAGUGGUUACUGGCUUCGACCAGUGCGCGCAGAUCGCGGCGAAGUACGGCUUGAGUGAUGCGUUAGACCGCAUCAUCUCGUGCCUCUCCUACAUUAGCACGUUAGCGCCGGAUAUGCCUCCUAGCACAGCGCUGAAUACCGAGGUGCAAGUAGAGAAGAAGAGCGUCAUGGUCAGCGAGACAGCCGUCAGGUUUGGAAGAGAUGGAAGAGCGCAACUGGCGACUGUUGUGCUAUUCCAGGUCAUCAAAGGCAAUGAAUCCGCUAUACGGGAUGGGUGGAACCAUCUCAUCCACAUCAUGGUCAACCUAUUUGUUAAUUCGCUAAUACCUCCCUACUUUCUCUCUUUCCAAAAGACUCUGGCAUUGCCUCCUAUACCUCUUCAGAGUCCGGCGCAAAUCAUCGAUCGCGCCGAACGGCCUGCAGAUACCGGCAUUUUCUCAGCCUUGACAUCGUACGUAUCGAGCUUCGCGAACGACGAGCCCCCAGAGCCAUCAGAUCAGGAGAUCGAGUACACGCUUUGCACGGUUGACACGGUCAAGGAGUGUCACUUCGAGGACAUUUUAGCCAACAUCAGCCAGCUUCCACUAGAGGCGCUCCGCUCAUUGCUCAUGUCUCUGCUGGAACAGAUACCAGAGGACGGCUCCCCGAGGGUCAUUGUGGUAAAGCCCGAGUUGCCGGCCCCAGCACCAACACGGCCAAAUGGCAAUAAAGCGAAGAUGAACCGCCCUAUCUACGAUCCCAGUCUGGUAUUCGUGCUGGAGCUGGCUACCGUGCUGGCGCUGCGGGAUGAGGAGACAGUGAAAGAGCUGGCGAAGGAUGUCUCAGACGCUUUAGCGAGCGUUAUCCGAGAUGCGCCCAAGCUGCAUCCCGUGGUGAUAGCGCGGUCUGUGUAUUAUCUCUUAAGCCUGCUAAAGGCGAGCAAUGACUAUGACUUCAUCCGAGCACCUGUCCUUCUUCAUACAUUCUCCACAUUCGACGAAGAGCUUCUGAAGCAGUGCGCAGACCCGUUGUUGAAGGGACUCUCGGAUUGCUGUAAAGGGCCGAGCGGUCUGCGGAUUGAGCUGGCAAGCUCGCCAGACUUUUGGUCUAUUCUGAACACACUACACCGAGUGCCUAAGGUGGCGGGAGACGCGUUCCAGCUAGUUGAGGACCUCAGCACUUCUGCGCAGCCUGGAAUCACAGCAGACAACUACGAAGCUGCUAUCGCAUUGCUUAAUGAGUUUGCUACAGCGGCGCAAGUCGGUGCGAGGCAAGAACAGCUGCAUGAUCAGGCUACGAGGCGAGGAAAGGUGCAGAAGUCGAAGAAGCCCGAGAGCAAUGAGAUGGUAGUACGCGGCAGCAAAGCUAUGACAAUCGUCUUCCAGAUGUCCAGCAGAGUGCCCAGCUUCAUCGAGCACUCGCAUCUGGAGACGACCGAAGCUUGGACGGCAUACUGGUCGCCUAUUCUUAAGACGCUUACGCAUCAAUGCCUAAAUCCCUGCCGCGAGAUCCGCCAGCAGGCCUUUGGGUCGCUGCAACGCACGCUGCUGUCCAACGAGCUCGCUUCUCCGGACCACAAAGAAUGGACGGCGAUUUUCAGCGAAGUCCUGUUCCCUCUAAUCACGCAGCUGCUCAAGCCGGAGGUGUAUCAGUCCGAUCCGCUGGGCAUGAGCGAAACGCGCGUGCGCGCGGCAACGCUGCUUUCCAAGGUCUUUCUACACUAUCUCGUCAUGCUGUCGGAGACGGACGAACUGCUAGAUCUGUGGCUCAAAAUCAUCACCAUCAUGGACCGCCUGAUGAACAGCGGUCAGGGUGAUAACCUGGAAGAAGCGGUAUCCGAGAACCUGAAAAACAUGCUCCUCGUCAUGUCCAAUGGCGGCUACCUGGCCCCGCCAGACGAGAAGCCCGAGCAAGAAGAACUCUGGAACGAGACGUGGAAGCGCAUCAAUCGCUUCCUGCCGAACUUCUUCGCUGAGCUGUUUCCCGAGGAAGGGCAGAAGCCGAAAGGAGAGAGGAAGUCGAGGGAAAGUAAAGAGAACGAGAAAGAGAACGAGAAGGUGGCGGCGAAGGGGGAGGAAGCGAAGGUGGAGGCAUGAGGAUGCAAAGCAGGUGUAGAACAGGUGUACGGCACAGAGGCAGGUACCGUAGGAUAGAGAGGAAGCCAUGAUGUCGGCAAGGUAUUCUUGUCGCGAAGUAGUCGUUCCACUCGUGUCAGCGUGUACCCGCAAAUGCAGACCGCCGUCAUCUAGAAUGAAAC